AUUAUUGAACCGGGCAUAUAUCGAAAGGUCUGGCUAAUGCGCUUCACAUUUAGCUGUUCCUCCCUCAUCUUAACCUGCCUUGUGUCCGUGUACAAUGUAUAGUAAGUCAUCUCACAAAUCUUGUAGAGACAGUAGAGUAAUGAGUAGUCUAGGAGAGAGCCUAAGUACGUCGACCAAUAUCAAUGGUGAGCCACGUGGAUGAAUAAAGCUAUCACACGUGAAAGGUUAAUUAAUUAAAAUUUGGUUUAUAGAAAUUGCGAUUUAAACCAUGGAUGUUGAUCUUGUUAGAGAUUGGAGAAAGAAAGGAUUGACUUAUAAAGAAAUUAGUAUUGGACUACAGCAAGCCAAUCCUCGAGUCAGGGGUUUAUCAGAAAGAUCUGUCCGUCGUUUUUGUAAGGAAAAUGGCAUUGAAAAGAUGGAUAAUGCAGAAGUAGAUGAUGUGGUUGAAGAUGCAGUGAAAGAGGUUGGAGAGACUUAUGGUAGGAAAUUGAUGAAAGGUCUGUUAGACUCAAAAGGAGUUUUUAUUACAGAAAAGAGAAUUGCAGAAUCACUUCAAAGGAUUGAUCCUCAAGCUUAUGAGAGAAGAAGGCAAAAUACUAUUGACAGAACAAAUCCAGUUCCCUAUACUGCCUCAGGCUUUGGUCACAAACUACAUCUCGACCAAAAUGAGAAACUUGUGAUGUUUGGUGUCACCCACGUGCUAGCAGUUGAUGGAUACUCUGGCAUGAUUGUUGCUCAUACAAUCAUGCCAAUUAAGAAUAACUUAACGAUAUAUGAAAAUAUAUACAGAAAAGCUGCAUUAGAUUACGGAAUCUGGGAGCAAAUUAGAGUUGACUGUGGAACAGAAUUUUUUUUAACUCUGUUUGUUCAACGAAAAGUUCGUCAACAGUAUGGCUCAUCAGAUAUAGCAUGUUUUGCACAAACACCUUCCACUCAGAAUCUGACUGUUGAAAGACUCUGGCCUGAGGUGAAUGCAAGGGUCAAUUACCCAUUGAAGAGAGUAAUGUAUUCAUUACAAGAAAGAAACAUGAUCGAUAUGGCAUGUUUGACUACUCGCUUUUGCGUUUCUCACAUUUUAAGACAUGUAGCAGCAGUGGGUGUAAAUAGAUUUGUAUCUGCCUGGAACGCUCAUUUUAUAGCUGGUAAAGGAGUACCAUUGCAAUUAAUGCAACCAAGCUACACAAUACAAUUUUUACCAUCAGAUCUACCAGAUACUGUCACAGCGGCUGAUGAGUAUGAACAAGAAGGAGGUUCUUUGACUCGUAUCAGUAAUUUUGGCACUGAUCCACUACAAGGAAGACAAGAUUUGAUUGCUAUUAGAGAUCAACGUUUAGCAUCGGAUGUUGGAAAUUUUGAAGCCAUAUUUACUGAUGUAAUUUCAAAUAGGGGCAAUUUGUUAGAGCAUGCAUUGCUUCAUUUUUUAUCUCUUACUCAUAGACUCUCUCAAAUGUUAUAAAAUAUUAAUUUUGUCAGUAAUAAUAAUGAUUAAUGAUAAUGAUAAUAAUAAUUAUAGUAGUAAUAAUAAUAAUAACAAUAGUAUCAUUACUAGCUAAUCUCACCUGAAAGGUGUAAAUACACAAUAGCUUUUAUGUGCAGCAGCACCAGCAAAGGCUCUGCAGCAAGAAGCCAGCAAAAAUUGCUGUAGCUGCAAAAUGUAGAUUUCCAGGUUUGCAGGUAUGCAGUUAUAGCAAAGUAUAAGACUGAACUUUUGUAGAUGCAAGCUGCCAAAUGUAAAUAUGCAGAAAUUGAUAUUGUCAGAUAGUGAAUGUUAGCUAGAUUGUCACAUUCAACAAUUUGCAAAUAUGCAAAUCUCAAAAUGCUAAAAGUUGACUAUAUGAAUACUUAUGCACAUAUCUUUCCUUUAACUAAAUUCCAGUAAUUCAAAGUCUAAAAGUCUAUAAAAA